AUGGGGAACAUACCGCUCCUUGCGGGCUCGAUUGUUGGAGGGGUCAUCCUUCAAUUCUUGCUUCUUGCAAUCUACAACAUAUUCUUCCAUCCUUGCCGCAAAUUUCCCGGCCCAAAGAUCGCUGCAGCUACCGGAAUCUUCUACCAUUACAAAUGUCUAAAGGGCGAGGAGGCUGCAUGGGAGACGGAAAUGCACAAAAGGUACGGAGAGGUUGUCCGCCUUGCACCUGAUCGAUUGUCUUUCGUAACAGCCGGAGCCUGGAGAGACAUUGCCGGUCCCUCGGUUGGGAAACGCCUUGAGAAUCGAAAGGAUCCAACCGCGCUUCCAUCAAACAUCAGAGGCAUGCGAUCUUUGGCCUCGGAAUAUAGGACAGAAGUCCAUAGGCCGCGACGAAGAUUGUAUCAGAACGCCUUUAGCGAUAAAGCCCUAAGGAAACAAGAGCCCUUGAUUCUCGGCUAUGUCAACCUCCUCGUCCAGGUUAUCAAGGAAGCUGCCACAAAAGACUCGGUCAGCAAAGUGGAUAUCCAAAAACUGCUCAACUGUUGUACGUUUGACGUGAUGGCAGACCUGACGUUCGGGGAGCCUCUCGGUCUACUCGAGAAAUCCGAGUUGAGUCCAUGGGUCGCGCAGAUCUUUGGGAACGUAAAGAAUACAUCGAUCAAGCGCCUCGCCCUGGAAUACCCAAUCAUCGAGCGUCUAAUCAAAAUCAUGACACCCAAGUCUCUGACAGCCGCAGGACUAGCACAUUACGACUAUUCCGCCCAGCGCGUCAAGAAGCGCCUCGCAAAAGGCAUCGACAUUGGCAAACCGGAUAUCUGGUCGCUUGUCAUGACCAAGAAUGAGCAGGGCGAGAUGCCAGAAGAGAUCAUGAUGGCAGAUGCAACGACGUUCAUGAUUGCGGGGACAGAAACGACGGCUUCGACACUCAGCGCACUCUUCUACCUCUGUCUCACGCAUCCAGAACAGAUGCAAAGGCUCCAAGCAGAAGUACGUACUCUGCGUGAGGACGAGUUGACGCUUGAUACCAUGCAACACCUUCCGUUCAUGUCCGCCUGCAUUAAGGAGAGCCUGCGCGUCCACCCCGUCGUCCCCAUUCCUCUCUUCCGCAAGACGCCACAGGGCGGCAACGUCAUCGACGGCCAGUGGAUCCCAGAAAAUACUCGCGUCGCAGUCUCCCAAUACGCAGCAUACCACCACAACACAAACUUCAAAAACCCAGACUCCUUCCUUCCAGAACGCUGGCUCCCGGGCACUGGCUACGAUGCCGACCACAAAGACGCUUUCAACCCCUUCUCCAUUGGUCCCCGCAAUUGCAUCGGCCAAAAUCUUGCAAAUCACGAAAUGCGCAUUAUCCUUGCAAAACUCGUGUGGAAUUUUGAUUUUGAGCUGUGCGACGAGAGUCGGAGUUGGAUCCAGCAAAAGGUGUAUAUGCUGUGGGAUAAGCCUCCGCUUAUUGUGAAGGCAAGGAAUAUCAGGGCAUGA